AUGAGGAGGAAAAGGAAGAGUGGGAGAAGGAAGAGGAGUGGGAGAAGGAGGAGAAAGAGGAGGAGAAGGAAUAGAAGGAGGAGGAGGAAAAGGAAGAGUGGAUGGAGGAGAAGGAGGAGGAGAAGGAAUAGAGGAGGAGGAAAAGGAAGAGUGGGAGGUGAGAAGGAGGAUGAGGAGAAGAAGAAAAGGAAAAGGAAGAGAAGGAAGAGGAGGAGAAGAAGGAAGAAAAGGGGAAGGAAAAAAAGGGGAAGGAUGAGGAAAAGAAGAAGGAAGAGAAGGAGAAGGAAGAGAAGGAGAAGAGAGUAG